AUGGAUAUAGAAUUAUUUAUAUCAGAGAUACAAUCCCGUCCUGCGAUUUGGAAUUCAAAAAGUGAUAGUUAUAGUAAUAGAGGAGAAAAAGUGAAGGCCUGGGAAGAAAUCUGCGAAUUGUUUGUAGGAGAUUUUUCAAAUAAAACUGCUAAAGAAAAGAACAUUGAAGUAACUAAAUUACAGAGGAAAUGGAAGAGUCUUCGUGACAGUUUUAAUAGAGAAAAUGCAAAAAACAAGAACGUUGCGAGUGGUUCGGCAGCAACAAGCAGUAAACAGUACAUUUAUUUCAAUCAUCUAUCGUUCUUGAAUUCCUUAAAAGAAGUGAGACCGCCUACCGAUGUUACUAAUGCAACUAAUGAUGCGGAAACAUCUCGCCCGAAAAUAAACAGAAACAUUAAUAUAAAAAGGGCCGAAAAAACAGAAAAUGAAAUUCUCAGAACACUUUCGGAAAAUUUAAAACGUAAACAUGAUCAAAGCGACCAAAAUGACCCCGAUAAGCAAUUUCUGAUGUCGCUGCUUCCACAUGUAAAAAAAAUUGACGAAAAUUGUAAACUUGAUUUUCAAUCAGAAAUAUUACAGUUAAUUAGAAAGUACACGCAUAAUCAAAAUUAUGAAACCUAUUCGGCACAAUAUUAUGGUUAUUCUUCAGGAAAUGCCAACAUACACUCGACACAAAAAGCUUCUACAUCUGCCCAGCCUUCUCCACUUCAUUCACAUUAUUCCGACAAGUCUAUGCUUGACAUGUCAUACUCUACACAAAACGCUUCAACAUCUAUCCCGUCUUCACCUAUAAUUCAGCCAGAGUCAUACUCUACACAAAACGCUUCUACAUCUAUCGCGUCUUCACCUAUAAUUCAGCCUUCUCCAACUCAUUCAUAUUAUUCUGAUCAGUCUAUGGACAACAGUUCUGUUAUCGAAGACAUGUUCCGUGAUGAUGACGAGUGAUACCAAAUUAUAAUAAAGACACAAUUACUAAAUACAAAUACCCACGUGUUUUAUUUGUUAACUAGCUAUUCUCUAGUAGAAAAAACAAUGCAUAGUGAAUAUAAAUAAAGUAUAGAUUAUUUUAUCAUAGUGUUCUGUGGAGUUUUAUGCUAGAUAGUGAUUAUUUCCACUUACCUUAAUGUGAUAG